UCUUAUUAAAUAGAUACGUUUUUGGUGACCGUGUUCAAAGAUGCAGAGCGCUCCUAUAAUUCUGAUGAAGGAUGGCACUGAGAGCAUGCAAGGCAAGCAGCAGCUAAUCAGCAAUAUCAACGCAUGUGAAGUGGUGGCUGACUCUGUUCGAACUACUCUUGGACCUAGAGGUAUGGAUAAGCUGAUUGUGGACACUAGGGGAAAGUCAACUAUCUCCAAUGACGGAGCAACUAUACUCAAACUGCUCCAGAUUGUUCACCCCGCAGCAAGGACUCUAGUGGAUAUUGCGAAGUCCCAAGAUGCAGAGGUCGGAGACGGGACUACUUCUGUCACUGUUUUUGCUGGAGAGUUUCUAAAGCAGAGCAAAGAGUUCAUCGACGAGGGAAUACAUCCGCAUCUCAUCAUCAAGGCUUACAGAAAGGCUACUAAAUUGGCCGUCGACAGAAUCAAAGAAAUCUCAGUAACUGUCUCGCAGAAAACACCAGCAGAGUUGCGAGAGACGUUGGAAAAGUGUGCAGCGACGACUCUGAGUAGUAAACUAGUGGCCACUCAGAAACACUUCUUCGCUAAGAUGGCAGUAGACGCAGUCAUGUCUCUGGACGUGAAGACUCUUCCUCUGAACAUGAUCGGGAUCAAGAAGGUGGCCGGAGGAGGCAUGGCAGACUCUAAACUAGUACCAGGCGUUGCUUUCAAGAAGACCUUCUCCUAUGCUGGCUUUGAAAUGCAGCCCAAGAAGUAUAAAAAUGCCCAAAUAGCUUUGUUGAACAUUGAGCUCGAACUGAAAGCAGAGAGAACCAAUGCUGAGAUGCGUCUGGAAAACGUGAAAGAUUAUCAAGAAGUAGUGGAUGCUGAAUGGAAUAUUCUGUACGACAAGUUGGCCGCUUGUGAGGCGAGUGGAGCGAAGAUAAUCUUGUCGAGGCUGCCGAUAGGGGAUGUUGCCACUCAGUGGUUUGCGGACAGAGACAUGUUCUGUGCAGGACGAGUGACUGAAGAGGACUUGAAGCGGACUCAAAAGGCAUGUGGUGGUCUGAUCCACAGCGUCACGUCCAACUUGACCUCUCCUGGCGCACUGGGUCUCUGCGAGAACUUCGAAGAAGUGCAAAUCGGAAACGAAAGGUACAACUUGUUCACUGGUUGUCCCAAUGCGAAAACAUGCACUCUGAUUCUAAGAGGCGGAGCUGAGCAGUUCAUUGAGGAGACUGAGAGGUCUCUGCAUGAUGCGAUCAUGAUUGUGAGACGUACUCUGAAGAACGAUGCUGUGGUGGCAGGGGGAGGGGCGAUUGAAAUGGAGCUGAGCAAACAUCUGAGAAAUCACGCGAGAUCAGUGCAGGGCAAGGAGCAGAUGUUCAUCACUGCCAUGGCCAAGUCACUCGAGGUCAUCCCGAGACAGCUGUGCGAGAACGCAGGAUUCGACGCCACUAACAUCCUCAACAAGCUGCGACAAAAACACGCAGAAGGAGGCAUGUGGUACGGGGUGGACAUCAACAACGAAGACAUUGCGGACAACAUGGCAGCAUUUGUGUGGGAGCCAGCUCUAGUCAAGAUCAACGCCCUCAGUGCGGCCUCGGAGGCAUGCUGUCUGAUCCUGUCAGUGGACGAGUCCAUCAAGAACGCCAAGUCACAGAACCCCCAGGACAACAGACCAGUCAAGAGGCCAGGCGGUCGAGGCAGGGGACCCCCCAUGUUUUAAACCCCCGUCUGAUAUUCUACUUUCCAACGCACACGGAGCAAUGAAAAGGCUGCAUAAGAGACUCAAGUUAUUAGCUGCUGCUGUCGAAUGAACUGGAAAAAUCUGAAAAUGAAGUGAUUAAAGAGAAAGCUAAAAUGUACAGAUCAUAAUGAGUGUGAAAUAUUAUGAAGUAAAUAUUUGUUGCAUAUACCAAAUUGAUAGUGUGUUGAAGAUCGAGUGAGUUUGUGUAAAUUCUCUUGUUGAUGGCUACUUGCAUAAUAGAAUUGAACUAUUGCGCCAUA